UGAAACUUGGAGAUUGUGACUACUUAAAACGGAAUCUCUCGAACGUCGGAAAUUAUUUUAAAUAUUAAAAACAAAUGGCGAGUAUACAACAUCAUCACACUUCGGCUUCUCGCAGAGGAAUAAAUUUAUCGAUGCUGAUUGAUUUUCUAUUACAAAAAACCUAUCAUGAUCUCACUGUAUUAUCUGAACUGUUACCAAGAAAGUCAGAUAUUGAAAGAAAAGUUGAAAUUAUAAAGUUUGUUACCAAAGCAAGACAACAAUUUAUUCGGUUAUUAGCACUUGUUAAAUGGGCAUCAGGUGCAGAAAAAGUUGACAAAUGUCAGGCUAUCUCAACACUACUUGAUCAGCAAAAUGCAUAUUUCAUUGAUACUGCAGAUGCAUUGGCAAAAAUGGCUAGAGAAACACUUGUUCAAGCACGGCUUCCAAAUUUCUCCAUUCCAACAGCUGUUGAUGUUCUUACCACUGGUAGUUUCAACCGACUCCCCAAAUGUAUUAAGACUAAGAUUGUACCCGUUGAUCCGAUUAGCACUGAAGAAAAAACAAAAACACUGAAACGACUUGACGAAGUUAUACAGUACAGAUUAUGUGUUUCUGAAAUACCAAAAAAAUUUAGUAAUAUUAAAAUAUGUGAUGGGAAAGUAACAUUAACAGUGCAAAACGAGUUUGAGGUGAUGUUAAUGUUGAUGGGUGAUGGAGAUGAUAUACCUUGGAGAUUACUUAAAAUAAAAAUACUUUUGCAAGAUCAUGAGCUUGGUGAUGGUCAAGAACUUGUGCAUGAAUUACAGAUUAACUAUAUACAUCAAGUUGUUCAGUCGCGCCUUAUGAUAGAAGACAAUCCGCUUGUGGAUCUUUAUAAUACUCUACAUCAUUUCUGUUUAUCACUUCAGUUGGAGGUUUUUCAUACACAGUGUAAAAGAUUGAUAUCAGAGCGUUGGGGAGAUUGUGUACAUAUUCAUGAAUAUGUGCCGGGGAAAAUUCUUGUAAUUUCUUAUUGCAGAUUAAAUCUCACUCAAAUACAGCAAAGUGAAACAAGAGUAUAUCCUCAAAUAAUCAUCCAAGUACCAAAUGGGAAUCAAAAUUUGUUAGUCUUGAGUCAUAAUCCGCCUUUGUACAAUGAAAAAGAUCACAUUGAAGGAAAACUACUCUCCAUUGGUUGUUUUUCUAUUGAAAACAUCUAUUUUGCUUCAUUAAAGAAAUUUUCUUAUCAAAGAUUACUUAAACUAAGGGACGAGUUAGUUAAAGAUGCUUACUUUAUAACUAAUUCUUAUAUAAAUGAAGAAGUUCCGUUUUUGCGAUUGCAACCAUACCCUAAUUGUUCUACUUCUGAACAACUAACUAUAAAUGUUGACUUUCGGACUGGGAUGUUUAAUAUUAGUGAAAAAGUUACAAAUUCACAUAUAAAACAACUUCAAAAUACACUUUGGACAAAUUUUAGUUUGUUUGCACAAGACUUCCACAAAGUUAGAUGUUCUCUAUACUUAGAGAGGUGCCGUGGAUCUGUUUUGUCUUUACCAGUUCUCCCGUUUUACCAGUUACCAUUAUCAACUCCUUCAGUUGGUAUUUUAUCAAAACUACCACCAUAUCGUUUAUUCUUCAAAUUUAAAAAUUAUCCUGACUUUGUGUUAUUAAUUUAUUUACAAAUUGAUCUGGAUUCAAAAGAAAAAGAAAUAAUAGAAAAAUUUUAUCUGCUUAAACUUCUUCCAUCAAUAUUUAAACCAGAGCAAGACGAUAAAAGUUCACUUGCGUACUCUGUAGACUACUGCUGUCAACUAAAUGAAAAACUACUGCAAAAUAUCAAUGAAUUAAAUAAUUUUUCAAGAUCAUUUACUUCACAAGAGGAUUAUAUAUCUAGUGCAAAAAGGAGAAAAUGCUGCGUUGAAUCAAGUAAACAACUCGCAUUUAACAGUACAUUACACUUAGUGCUAUUACAGACAAUUCUUCGCAUUCCUUUUAUAGAAAUAUCCAAGCAGCUAGCUGUUCACAAAGUUGUAUUUGAUGGAGUACAUGUAAAAGAUGAUUCUCAUUACAACUUAAAUUUAUUAGAUUUUCCUCUGCCUGAAUCCUGUAAUAAAACUGAUUCUAAAAACUUCAAAGAACUUAUUUUGUCAUGUAUUCUUUAUGUUGACUACAAUACUAUGCGAUGGGUUGUAGUUUAUCAAUUCCAGAAACUUAACAUAGAGUGCUUGAAUGUUGAAUUUGUUGAGUUUACUUAUGAUAUGAAAGCAGACAAUAUUGUGGUACAGAUUCUUGAAGAUUAUAGAGGCAUGGUAAAGGUUUUUCAACAUGCACAAGAUAUCCAUGAUGUUUUAAACUCACUACAUGUUACUUGUGGUAUUGAUGAUUUUUCAGUACACAGCUACAAUAUGAAGUCAUUAGUUUUAACAUAUUCCCCUGCGAGGUGUUUUAAUAUAGAGUUAUCAUUUUGUAAUGGCAAAUAUAAAUUAUCUUUUAUGGAAAAUGGAAAAUCCCGUGAAAAAUGUCCACACUACUUGAUGCAAGAUCAUCUUAUGCAAGAGUUUAACAAGCAUGAAAACUUCCAAUAUAUAUUAAAAAUUGUUUAUGGAACAUUGGUUCCGUUGAGUUCCAUCUCUAGCAUUCCAAUAUUACCAGCAUGUGGCAGAUCUAGUAGGGUGCUUUCAAUGGUUAAUAAUUUUACUUUUAUAACACAUUCGUCCACACAUAUGAAACUCAUAUAUCGAAAUCAAUAUAUUUUAGACAUCUAUUUUCUUCAAGAUUCUGUAUUGAUACGAGAUGGUACAUUGUAUAUGACUGAUUCCACAAAAGGAAUGCGAGGUUUUUCUCCAAUAUCACAGUUAACUAGUUUUCUUAAUUUGUUUGUGGACCAAGGGCGUUUAAAUAAUGAUAUCACCCGUGGGAAUACUGACUUUCCUUUUACACCAGGAGGUUCAACAGCUGACUUUGAUCAGCAGAAUGAGUCCUUAGGCCCUCCGUCACAUGAUUCAACUGGAUCUUACAAAGAUCGUUCUAUGAAGUCGCCAGCAAUAUCUUCACCUUAUAGUCAACACUCGAUGCAGAGUCCAGGAAACCCUUACUCAGCUCCUUCCCCAGGCACAUUUAUCCAACCAUCACCUGCUUAUAUACCUGUGAUGUCACCAAAUGCAUGGCCUGGUUCACCUCCUCUUGUUCAAGGUUCCCCGCGACCCGGAAAAUCAGGUCUUACAAGACAAAUGCUCACAGGUAUUAAUAUCUCAAAUGCUCCUGUUCCUGUUGUUCUGAGUCAUGCUGGAUUCAAAAAAUUACUAUUACCUGUUGCAACAUCCAAACAAACAGUAAAGUUGUGUCCAUUAGAAAGAUUUUUUGGUUCUAUUUUGCUACGUUAUGAACUUAUUCGUGUAAUGAGAGUUGAUGAUACACUUAAAUUAGAAAAGUUUGAUAAUGGUGUUGUUAUAUUUGCGGGAAGUGGAAAAAAUGGUCCAGAUACAGGAUUGCAGUACAGUGUUCGUUUAAAUCCACAUACAAUGGAUUCAUUGGUUUUAAAGGUCACACCUAACAAAGGUCAUGAAAACCUAUGGUCAGCAGAUGAAUUAAAAACAUUGGAACAGUUUUUUGAAUCUAAAGUAGUAUGCUCACCUUAUAAAGUCCCAGCAUUAACUUCUUUUGCAAGGAUACUAGGAACACAAUCAAAAAUUAUGAAAGAUUUUGUUAAGAUUAUGAAACUGGAAAUGCAAACCAACUGGAAUGAUUUUUUGUUCAAAGUUGAGUUAUGUUUAACAGUUCCUCCUGGGAAAAUCUCAUUUAUUGCUGUUCCAGGAACUCCUGCAGUUGUUUUAAAGAAUAAAAAUUUAAUAUUUCUACAACUAACUGAGGUAAAAAAUGAAAACAAUACGUUUACAGUUCCAAUUGUUCACGAUGUUAAAGCAAAUACCGUUCAAUAUGUUGAACUUCCUAAACCAGAAAACGGUCCUCAAGAACCUGUUACGUGGGCUGUGCGUGCAGUAGCAAGCCUACAAUCUCUUUUGCAAAAAAUUUCUGGUGAAAUUUCCAAAAAAGACUUUCCGAUAUUCUGUACAAUAAUUACAAUUCUAAAGUAUAUGCAAGUUAAGUGAUCAUCAUCUAAAUAAUAAAACGUUUUCUCCUGUCAAUUAAACGAUUAGAAUGUUGGCAGGUAGUAGCAAUAUGAUGUUGACAUAAAAUAAUUGCAAACCUGGUACAAACUGUGAAUUUUCAAAUGUAGUUACUAUUUAUAUUAAAAACAAAUUUUAGAUGAAAUAUUUUUUAA